AUGGCCCUCAGCGACGGCACUAGUGCGCCAGGAACUCCACACGAUCGAGAAGCCGCUGGACAAGGCCGGACUGCUCUCCCAUCCCGACCAACGAUUCCAACGAAGAGCCUAAGCGCAACAAGCUCAUCCCACGGUCGAUGCUCACCUCCGUCACAAGAGGGAGACGUUAUGGAGACAAAUUUGCACAGAUCGCCUUCCUCGGGCAGAGACCAAAAAAGUGCGCAAAGUUCAGGGUUGGCCCAACCGCCAAGCCCGGCAUCACUGGCCAACGAUGCAGCGUCGGAUGCCGGAACGGACGUCAUGUCCGUGGCCAGCAAUCAGACGCCAUCCGGGCAGGUUUGCAGCAACUGUGGAACCACUCAGACACCACUGUGGAGGAGAUCACCACAGGGAGCGACCAUAUGCAAUGCAUGUGGUUUGUACCUGAAGGCACGAAACGCUGCGAGGCCUACGAACCUGAAGCGGGCCCUCAAUGUCGUUGCUAGUGGGUCAUCAAGGGCCGCGGAGAAAUCUGCCGGAAAGGGGGUCCAGGCAGGCUCGUCCAACGUGGCCGGGGCGACGUAUGUCACGGCGGAACACACACCCAGCGGCAGCUGCCCCGGUGGAGGCCGGUGUAAUGGUACUGGCGGGGCCGAGGGCUGUAGCGGCUGUCCUGCAUACAACAACAGGAUAGCGAAAAGUGCCAGCUUGAAUGUUGUUGCUUCUGGCACGUGCGCAAGCCAGCAGGGUACAGAAGAUCCGAACGCAGUCGACAUGACCACUUUGCGAAUUCAAAGCCAAAACACCACCGUAGUGAUUGCCUGUCAGAACUGUGGAACGACCAUCACGCCUCUUUGGCGACGUGAUGAAGCUGGUCAUACCAUCUGCAACGCGUGUGGACUUUACUACAAGCUCCACGGCGUUCACCGACCAGUCACGAUGAAGAAAGCUGUAAUCAAGCGGAGGAAACGAGUCCUACCGGCAUCGCAGCAGGGCUCACCGGCACCAGUAGAUGGUGCUAGCCCUAGUCGUGAAGAUGGUGCGUCGCCUUCGCCUCAACCAGAAGCACCACUCGAACGCGGAUCCAUCAACGCAGAUGGGUCUGUAAACCUGGGUCUGCGACGCCGUGCGAAUGACAACAUGCAGCUGGUACCGGAGAGCGUCCUGCGACAAAAUACACAACAUUCGGGCGCACCCAGAGGUGAUCUCGCGCAGUACCACGUCACGAGCUCUCGGCCUUCCGAACACCGGUUGCCCCCGCUCAACCCAGUACCAAGCCCGGUAGAUAGGCAGCCGUCCUUGUCCCCCGGCUCCUUUAUGGGCUCGUCCAGUCGCAAGCGGUCUCUGUCUGUGCUCGACGACGGCGCGCAAGCUCAUGGUGGUGGGGAGGACUCUGGCUCCUCCUCGAAACGUCUCUCGUCGAUCAACUCGCUACUGAGCGGCCCGCUGUCCACGGGCGACGAGUUGCCACCAAUGGACCAGUCGAGGAGAAUGAUGCCGAUAGCUGCCAUAACGGCGCCGCAGGAUGAGAGUGGCUAUACGGUGGAACGUGACAAGGCCGGCCGAAGGGCCGAGCUUGAACGGGAGGCGGAAAGAAUGAGACAGAUACUUGCGGCCAAGGAGCGCGAGCUAGCCGAGCUCCAGUAA